AAACAAGCCGACAGGCAGAACGUAGGAAGGUGUGUCGAGGCCUUGUCUCCUCUUCCUCCUCCUCCUCGAGAAGCAGAGAUCCUGUUCUCCUGCUCUCUCCUUCAAGGACUUCCACACUCUGAGACCAAGAACUACUACUGCUACAGUUCCUGUUCCUGUUUGUUAGCAAGGAAAUACUGCUGCUACUACUGCUGCUACUACAAUUCCUGUUCCUGUUUGUUACCAAGGAAAUACUACUGCUGCUACAGUUCCUGUUCCUGUUUGUUACCAAGGAAAUACUUCUGCUACUACUGCUACUAUAAUUCCUGUUCCUGUUUGUUACCAAGGAAAUACUGCUGCUACUACUGCUACAAUUACUUUUUGUUACCAAGGAAAUACUACUGCUGCUACAGUUCCUGUUCCUGUUUGUUACCAAGGAAAUACUCCUGCUACUACUACUACUGCUACAAUUCCUGUUCCUGUUCCUGUUUGUUACCAAGGAAAUACUACUACUGCUACAGUUCCUGUUCCUGUUUGUUACCAAGGAAAUACUGCAGCGCAGUGGAUAUUAUCACGCACACGGAGGAGUGCUACUCUCUCCCUCUCUUUCUCUCACAGUCACAGGCAGACAAAUGGACGACUCUCUCUAACAGCGUAUCAGUGGAUUUCUCAUUGUUUCGGGACUUCUCUUGCUGGCCUGGUGUGUGUAGUGGUGUGUGUAGUGGUGUGUGUAGUGGUGUGUGUAGUGUGUGUUUUUAUCAGAGGUCACGCCGCGUGCUGUGGGAGUGUGUGUGGGCGAUCCACCUUCUCUCAGGUCCCCUCCCCUCUCAUCCUUUUCUACCUAAUCUCUCUCUCUCUCUCCACCCCCCUCUCCUGUUCACCCUUCCGUCCCUCUCCACACCUCACCAAACUCCUUCCCUCUCUUCCCCCUCUCUCUCUCUCCAUCCUCACCACACCUCUCCCUCUCUUCCCUCUAUCCUCUCUAUUCCUCCGCCCCUCCAUAUCCCACGAUGCCUUGCCCCAGGCCACUGCGCUAGGCCCCAGCAGUAUGGGCAGAGCCUGGGAGGGGAGAGAGAGCUCUGAUUGGUCCAGGUCGGGUCCCCCUUCCUUUGCUUCCAAUGGGGGAGGACACCGAGAGCUCCAAAGGCAACCACAGCUUCCUGCGAGACUACGUCACCGAAGCUGAUGUAAUCUCUACAGUGGAGUUCAACCACACAGGAGAUCUGCUGGCUACGGGGGACAAGGGAGGCAGAGUCGUCGUCUUCCAGAGAGAGACCGUGGUUGGUCACAAGCCUAAAGGGGAGUUGGAUCAGGUGGGGGAGACGGGUGAGUCGGGGGAGUAUAAUGUGUACAGUACCUUCCAGAGCCACGAGCCUGACUUUGACUACCUGAAGAGUCUGGAGAUCGAGGAGAAGAUCAACAAGAUACGAUGGCUGCCUCAACAGAACGCCGCACACUUCCUGCUCUCCACCAACGAUAAGACCAUCAAGCUGUGGAAGGUGAGUGAGCGAGACAAGCAACCGGAGGGCUACAACCUGAAAGAUGAGGAGGGCAGGGUGAAGGACAUCUCUACAGUCACAUCACUACAGGUCCCUGUGUUGAGACCUACAGACCUGAUGGUGGAGGUACGUCCUAGGAGGGUGUUCUCCAAUGGUCAUACCUACCAUGUUAACUCCAUAUCGGUCAACAGUGACGGAGAGACCUACCUGUCAGCUGAUGACCUGAGGAUCAACAUGUGGCAUCUGGGGAUCACAGACCGCAGCUUCAACAUAGUGGACAUCAAGCCAGCCAACAUGGAGGAGCUAACAGAGGUGAUAACAGCAGCAGAGUUUCAUCCUCACCACUGUCACCUGUUUGUCUACAGUAGCAGUAAAGGAUCUCUACGUCUCUGUGACAUGAGGGCCUCGGCACUUUGCGACAGACACACCAAACUCUUUGAGGAACCAGAGGACCCAGGAAGUCGUUCAUUCUUCUCUGAGAUCGUGUCGUCGGUGUCGGAUGUGAAGUUCAGUCACAACGGGCGGUACCUGCUGACCAGGGAUUACCUGACGGCCAAGGUGUGGGACUUACACAUGGAGAAAGGCCCUGUCGAAACCUACCAGGUUCAUGACUACCUGAGGACUAAGCUGUGCUCGCUGUACGAGAACGACUGCAUAUUUGACAAGUUCGAGUGUGUCUGGAACAGCUCCGACAGUGUGAUAAUGACUGGGGCGUACAACAGCUUUUUCCGGAUGUUUGACAGGGAGACGGGGCGGGGCGUGACCCUGGAGGCGUGGCGAGAGACCAGUAAGCCGCGAGCUGUACUGCGGACGCGACGGAUCUACACCGGGGGCAAGCGUCGUCGCGGCGACGUGGGGGUGGACAGUCUGGACUUCACUAAGAAGAUCCUCCACAUGGCCUGGCACCCCGAGGAGAACAUCAUCGCCAUAGCCUCCACCAACAACCUCUACAUCUUCCAGGACCGGGUCAGCCCCGAUACACAGGGUCCAGACCUGGGUUCAGAUACCAUUUAGCACCGGGUCAGCCCCAACACACAGGGUCCAGACCUGGGUUCAGAUACCAUUUAGCACCGGGUCAGCCCCGACACACAGGGUCCAGACCUGGGUUCAGAUACCAUUUAGCACCGGGUCAGCCCCGACACACAGGGUCCAGACCUGGGUUCAUAUACCAUGUGCACACACACACGCACACACACGCACACACACACACACACACACACACACACACACACACACACACACACACACACACACCCAAGGGGAAUGAGUUGGACAGGCCUGAGAUCAGUCUAUAAGGGGAAUGAGUUGGACAGGCCUGAGAUCAGUCUAUAAGAUGAAUGAGUUGGGACAGGCCUGAGAUCAGUCUAUAAGAUGAAUGAGUUGGACAGGCCUGAGAUCAGUCUAUAAGGUGAAUGAGUUGGACAGGCCUGAGAUCAGUCUAUAAGAUGAAUGAGUUGGACAGGCCUGAGAUCAGUCUAUAAGAUGAAUGAGUUGGACAGGCCUGAGAUCAGUCUAUAAUAUGAAUGAGUUGGACAGGCCUGAGAUCAGUCUAUAAGAUGAAUGAUUUGGACAGGCCUGAGAUCAGUCUAUAAGCUGAAUGAGUUGGACAGGCCUGAGAUCAGUCUGUAAGGUGAAUGAGUUGGACAGGCCUGAGAUCAGUCUAUAAGGUGAAUGAGUUGGACAGGCCUGAGAUCAGUCUAUAAGAUGAAUGAGUUGGACAGGCCUGAGAUCAGUCUAUAAGAUGAAUGAGUUGAACAGGCCUGAGAUCAGUCUAUAAGGUGAAUGAGUUGGACAUGCCUGAGAUCAGUCUAUAAGGUGAAUGAGUUGGGACAGGCCUGAGAUCAGUCUAUAAGAUGAAUGAGUUGGGACAGGCCUGAGAUCAGUCUAUAAGGUGAAUGAGUUGGGACAGGCCUGAGAUCAGUCUAUGAGAUGAAUGAGUUGGGACAGGCCUGAGAUCAGUCUAUAAGGUGAAUGAGUUGGACAGGCCUGAGAUCAGUCUAUAAGAUGAAUGAGUUGGACAGGCCUGAGAUCAGUCUAUAAGGUGAAUGAGUUGGACAGGCCUGAGAUCAGUCUAUAAAGGGAAUUAGUUGGACACCCCUGAGUUUGCUAUCGAAGGUGAAUGAGUUGGACAGGCCUGAUAUCAGUCUAUAAGAUGAAUGAGUUGGGACAGGCCUGAGAUCAGUCUAUAAGGUGAAUGAGUUGGGACAGGCCUGAGAUCAGUCUAUAAGGGGAAUUAGUUGGGACAGGCCUGAGAUCAGUCUAUGAGAUGAAUGAGUUGGGACAGGCCUGAGAUCAGUCUAUAAGGUGAAUGAGUUGGACAGGCCUGAGAUCAGUCUAUAAGGGGAAUUAGUUGGACACCCCUGAGUUCGCGAUCUAAGGUGUCUGAAGACAGAGGAAGGUGGUGUGUGUGUGUGUGUGUGUGUCUCAGACCGCAGUGACCCAGUGUGUGGAUCCAAUCACUGUUUAUAUUGUUAUUUUAGUCAAGUCACUAGACGUCCCGUUUAACGGAUUCCCUUUAUGAUCACAACACCUCAGCAAACCUGGAUACACAGGACACCUUUACACACACCUGGUGAGAGUGGACACUUCUGGACACCUUUACACACACCUGGUGAGAGUGGACACAUCUAGACACCUGGUGACUUAUCUGGAUUAAUCUAGACACCUGGUGACCCAUCUGGAUUAAUCUAGACACCUGGUGACCCAUCUGGAUUAAUCUAGACACCUGGUAACCCAUCUGGAUUAAUCGAGACACCUGGUGACCCAUCUGGAUGAAUCUAGACACCUGGUUACCCAUCUGGAUUAAUCUAGACACCUGGUGACUCAUCUGGACACAUCUAGACACCUGGUGACUCAUCUAGAUUUAUCUAGACACCUGGUGACCCAUCUGGAUUAAUCUAGACACCUGGUGACCCAUCUGGAUUAAUCUAGACACCUGGUUACCCAUCUGGAUGAAUCUAGACACCUGGUGACCCAUCUGGACACAUCUAGACACCUGGUGACCCAUCUGGACACAUCUAGACACCUGGUGACCCAUCUGGAUGAAUCUAGACACCUGGUGAUCCAUCUGGACACAUCUAGACACCUGGUGACCCAUCUGGAUUAAUCUAGACACCUGGUGACCCAUCUGGACACAUCUAGACACCUGGUGACCCAUCUGGAUCCAUCUAGGCACCUGGUGACCCAUCUCGAUUAAUCUAGACAACUGGUGACCCAUCUGGAUGAAUCUAGACACCUGGUGACCCAUCUGGAUUAAUCUAGACACCUGGUGACACCUGGACACUCCUGGACAAGCUGAUCCUAGAUCUGUGCCUAAGAGCAACUUCUACCCCGAGCUACUAAAUCUCUUGUGCUUCCAUCCAUCCACUCAUACAGGCCCAAAUGGACCUUUUUCCCUAUAUAGUGCACUACUUUUGACAUGGGACCAUAAGGCUCUGGUCAGAAGUAGUGCCCUAUAAAGGGAAUACUAGGUUGAUCGUAUUCUCAUGUCUGUCUGUCUGUGUCUGUCUGUCUGUAACCUAGUUAUCUCAGUGGUCAACCUUUACAUAGAGUCAUAGCUAUGUAGCGAGACUAUGCAGGAUUUUGUUCCUGACUACCACCAACACACUUUGAAUAUAGCUAAUCAAGUGGAUUAGUCAAAAUCAGGUGGGUUAGUGCAGGGCUGGAACUAAAGCCUGCACAGCUUGUAAUGAUGGUCUUCUAGGGUUGGUGGCCACUGGUUUAAAGGGGCAAUCUGGGACUGAUGCACUUCUACGGUUGGUGGCUACUAGUUUAAAUGGGUAAUCUGGGACUGAUGCACUUCUAGGGUUGGUGGCCACUGGUUUAAAGGGGCAAUCUGGGACUGAUGCACUUCUAGGGUUGGUGGCUACUAGUUUAAAGGGGCAACCUGGGACUGAUGCACUUCUAGGGUUGGUGGCCACUGGUUUAAAGGGGCAAUCUGGGACUGAUGCUCGUCCAGGGUUGGUGGCCACUGGUUUAAAGGGGCAAUCUGGGACUGAUGCACUUCUAGGGUUGGUGGCCACUGGUUUAAAGGGGCAAUCUGGGACUGAUGCACUUCUAGGGUUGGUGGCCACUGGUUUAAAGGGGCAAUCUGGGACUGAUGCUCGUCCAGGGUUGGUGGCCACUGGUUUAAAGGGGCAAUCUGGGACUGAUGCACUUCUAGGGUUGGUGGCCACUGGUUUAAAGGGGCAAUCUGGGACUGAUGCACUUCUAGGGUUGGUGGCCACUGGUUUAAAGGGGCAAUCUGUAGUUCCGCGACAUCACACCGCUUGAGUUCCCUCUCUCCUCCAAUCAUACACAGUAGUGUAGUGACGUCAGCGCGGCAACCUCACGGCUAACCAAUCAGUAAGAGUGUCGUUGCGCUGUGGUUAGGACCAUUGGAACAGUAGCAUGUUAUCCAUUGUUACUGUCGUUGUAUAUCUAUCAUACCUGUAUAACUAACAGUUAUCUGAACACUCCACAUGAACACUUGAUGAAGGAAUGUGUAUAACAAAAAUAAAUUAAAUAAUAUGAAUCUGA